AUGAUGAGUAUGGUUCUUCCAUCUAAUAGGCAGCAUAAAAUCAACGCGCCGUCGCCAAUAACCCUCCCGGAGGAACUCAUCGUCCAAAUCCUAUCCAUGCUUAACGUGAAAUCACUCAUGAAACUCAAAUGUGUGAGCAAGUCUUGGAAUUCAAUCAUCUCGGAUCCCUUUUUCGUCAAAAUGCACCUUGAUAAAUCUUCACGAAUUCCACACAUGAUGCUAUUCUUGUCACAUAUUAUCGACCGUUGCUUAUAUGUCUCACUCCAUCUCUCCCCCGUACGCGGUUUCCUUGAGAAUCCGUCGAUUGAUAUCUUCAAUAAAGAUUCCAAAUGUCAAAGGAUGGAAUGGCUUAGUCACCACCGUGUUAUUGGUUCCUGCAAUGGAUUGGUCUGUUUACUGAAUUAUUGUAAGAACGAAUUCUAUCUAUGGAAUCCAGCCACCACCAGGCCAUUCUCUGAAAACCUAGUCUCUUAUCCCCUUGCUUUUCAGCAUCAAAUAUUAUAUUACAGCGACUCGAAAGUUUCAUUUGGUUAUGAUAAUUUAACCAACAAGUAUAAGUUGGUGGCAUUCUAUUCUAAAGAGGUGAUAGUUUUCACUUUCGAAGAUAAUGUUUGGAAGAAUAUUAAAUGGUUUUCUGUCUCGUAUACUAUUAAGAAUAACGGUAUCUAUUUGAGUAAUAGUCUUAACUGGUCUGCUCUUCUCGAUAACAAGGGUUUAUAUAAAGAGAAUCUUAAUGUUGAGCAACUCGUGAUUAUCUCACUUGAUUUGGGAACAGAGACAUAUACAAAGUUUCAGUUCCCUCGAGAGUUUGAUGAACUACUGUCUCUUGUGCCAAUUGUUUGCAAGUUGAUGGACAGUCUAUGUUUUUAUCAUUACGCCAAGGAACAUAGUUUUGUUAUAUGGCAGAUGAAGGAAUUUGGAGUUGAAGAGUCUUGGACUAAAUUUCUUAAAUUUGAUUAUCAUUCUCUAUCUGAUUGCUCUAGAAUAGUUGAUUUGUUGCCAUUACAUGUAUUUGAGAAUGGAGAUAUGCUGAUAUUGGAAAACAAUGUUGGAAAACUAAUUCGCUAUUAUAGGAAAGAUAAUAGAGUAGUAUGGAAACCUGCACAUACCAAUAACUGUAUGUUGUUUUCUGUCAUCCCUUAUGUUGAAAGUUUAGUUUCAACUUUUUAA